AUGAAAAAUAAUCGAAAAUCUAUUAAACAAAGAAAUGGCAAUAGCAACGAUAUAUCUGUACGAAUUACAAAUACAAAUGCUGAAAUUUCAUCAGAUAGAAGCCAACAGUCUAUUUCAAAGAAUCUUUCUUUAACACAAGAAAAAUCAGAUUCUGAACAAACACAAUCAACGGAUGAAAUGGAAUCAAAAACGAUGAAUUUGACAGAAAUAUCAUCUAAAGCUGAUGAAUUAAUCUCGAAAAUAUCUACCAAAGAUAUUUUGAAGACAUCCAAACAACAAAUAUUAAACAGCCAAUUAAAGGAGGAAAAAUUUUCUAAGAAGAAAUUUAGAGAUGAUAAAUUAAAUGUAAUAAAUUAUCAAAUUCCAACCAAUUCAUCAGUUCGUACAAUUGGUAAUCAAGUUCUUCCCGAUUUUUCGCAAAUAGAAAUAGCGCCAUUAUUUGCAAAGCAUGAUGAUUUAAAGCCAAUUGAGCAAAAUCUUUCAAGACGAAAAGUAAAAUCAGUGGAAUCAUUGAAAGCGAAAAAAAUUAAUCGUUCAGAAACUAAUCGAUUGCCACGUCGUAAGAAUUCUGAAAUGAUUGAAUCAGUGGCGGAAAAGAUACCAUUGAAGAAAACUUGUCGAAUAAUGCCACAUUGGUGGAAUGAUCAGAAAACAUUUGUCAGAAGGAUUAUAGAAACUACUCGUUAUUUUCAAGCAUUAAAUUUAUCAAUGAAUCAAACUGAACAACAUUUUGAAAUUUUCGAGGAUGAAAAUACUAUUAAAAUAUUAAAGCCUUUCAAUGGACAAAUUUAA